AUGAUGCGCCCACGUCGUGAGAGCAGGCUAGCUCAAAGCUUUCGUCCAGACCAGCCUCUGACGGAGUCGCCAUCCAACUCACGCAGCAGAGGCCGCAGGCCUGAGGCGGUACAAGAGGACGAAUUUGCCAUAACAGAUGACCGUUCGCCAUUGCUAAUCAACCCAAUACACAAUGGUAGUAUUGGGGGGUAUGGGGCCGGUGAAAUAAGGUCGCCUUACUCUAUGCAUCAGAAUAUGGAUAACAUGGAUACCACAUCGUCACGGCGAUCACCGCAGAACAGUUACAUGCCUGAUGGCCUUUUGGCUCCUAGGCAGGAAUACGAUGUCAACAACCCGCCUUCGAUGCCUGGGAGCCCGAAAAUGGGGCCUGAUCUGGGUUACGAUAGUACAAUGAUCACAGGCCCAGGAUUUAUUCGAUCACAAUCGCCAGAGGCGAUGAGUGCCUCUAGCCUACCCAUGGACGCUGUCAUCAAUAUAGAUACAGAUACCAGAAGACCAGGAGGGCCGUCUCGUCGUACAUCAACGUGCCACACCCCUCCAGAGCUCGUUCGCCGGCGAACAGUCGCACUCCCUGUAGAAGAGGACGUAUGUUUCCCAACCGGUGGUCUCUCAGAUCUCGGCGAGGAAGAUCUUCAGUCACGCGCGCAAGCUGAAGGAGACACACGAGGACGUCGACGCCGUGCACGAAGGGUAUGGCCAGACCUUUCGGCAUUAGACGAAUGGAGCCAACAGGAGAAAGAAGCCCGCAGCGGCGCCAUCCGCUCAAAGAGAAUUAGUGAACCAGUGCUCAUUGGCGGGAGGUUAAGAACGCGGAAUUUAGUAUGGAAGCACGACGAAGAAGAGGAGGCACCUUACCGAUUUACCUACUUCAACGAAGACUUUCAGAGUACUCUGCAUAGCCAGACUCUGUCGGAGCUUGAACAGCCCGGCCAAACAUUCCGGGAUCUUUUUAUUCCCGAGCCCCCGAUACUGGAGGAUGAGUCUUCGGAAGACGAAGAUGAUUUCCGCCCUUACAACGGUGCCAUGAACCGUGAUAGAACACAAUCAACAUCCACAUACCUGAAUCACAAUACAAACAACAUACCAGAUCUCCUAUCAGACAAUGCAGACGGCGCUUCAUCCAAGACCGCCAACGAUCACAGCCGGAAAGAUAGCCAGCCGAAAGAAACACGAUAUGGACCCAGGCCCACAUUCUGGCUUGACGUUCUCAGCCCUACCGACAGCGAAAUGAGAGUAAUUUCUAAAGCGUUUGGCAUCCAUGCCUUGACGGCUGAGGAUAUCAUGAUGCAGGAGGCUCGCGAAAAGGUUGAAUUGUUCCGAAACUACUAUUUCAUCAACUAUCGUACAUUCGAACAGGAUGUGAAUAGCCCUGAUUUCCUUGAGCCAGUGAAUAUGUACGUGGUAGUAUUCCGUGAAGGUCUGCUCAGUUUCCACUUCUCUCGAACCCCCCAUCCAGCCAACGUGCGUCGAAGAAUUCGCCAACUUAAGGACUACCUGAUCCUUAGCGCAGACUGGAUAUCUUAUGCUAUCAUUGACGACAUCACGGAUGUUUUUGGUCCUCUUAUCCAUGCUAUUGAAGAGGAGGUUGAUGAGAUUGACGAUAUAAUUUUACGUCUCCAUUCCGACAGCAAAGAUAUGCGGCCUGACCGCAAUGAAAACAACGAAAAGACAGCUGCUCUAGAAGCGAGCCAUUCUGGGUCUAAUAUGCUUCGACAGGUUGGCUCCUGCCGAAAGAAGGUGAUGGGCCUUUAUAGGUUACUAGGCAAUAAGGCAGAUGUUAUUAAGGGGUUCGCUAAGCGCUGCAACGAGUAUUGGGAGGUUGCCCCAAAGUCAGAAAUCGGGCUCUACCUCGGUGAUAUACAAGAUCAUAUUCUGACUAUGACGAGCAAUCUGACUCACUACGAAACCCUCCUCUCCCGCGCCCACUCCAACUAUCUUGCCCAGAUAAAUAUCCGCAUGAACGAACGACAAGAGCAGACGGCCGAUGUCCUGGGAAAACUUACAGUUCUUGGCACCAUCGUGCUUCCAAUGAACAUCAUCUGUGGAAUGUGGGGGAUGAACGUAAAAGUUCCUGGACAGGAUAUCGAGAACCUCAACUGGUUCUGGUCAAUUACCGCAGGGCUAGUGGUUUUUGCUGUUGUCUGCUUCUAUGUUGCGAAACGCGUUUAUCGCAUCGUGUAA